AUGGACAAGGUCCACUACAUCCUCACUGGCGAGCCGUCGAUCGAGAUCUACCUCCAGUUCCUGUACAACGCGUCGAACACGGAUCCGCUCAUUCUCGAGAAGCUUAAGGAGCAGGUUGCCAACGGCAAGUCGGUCCUGCACUCGGGUGUGGUCUUUGCCAACUCGCUCAUGUGCGCUGGCACCACCUCGGAUGCCUUCCUCCACGACAACAUGGAGUGGCUCUCCAAGGCCACCCAUUGGGCUCGGUUCAACGCCACGGCCUCUCUCGGCGUCAUCCACAAGGGCCACCUCUCCGAGGGCCUCUCGCUCCUGGCGCCGUACCUGCCGGCGGCCGGCCAGGCCGCUGGCUCGCCGUACUCGGAGGGCGGCGCGCUGUACGGGCUCGGCAUCAUCAACGCCAACCAUGGCGCCGGUGUCUCCAAGUACCUGCUCAACGCGCUCCGCGCCGCCGGCGGCGACGAGGUUGUCCUCCACGGAGCGGCUCUCGGGCUCGGCGUGGCGUCGAUGGCCACCCACGACAACGAGGCGUACACCGCGCUCUUUGACCUGCUCAACCACGACCAGGCCGUCGCCGGUGAGGCUGCCGGCGUGGGCAUGGGCCUGGUCAUGCUCGGCUCGGCCGAUGCCGACGUGCUCGGCCGCAUGCUCGCGUACGCGCGCCAGACUCAGCACGAGAAGAUCAUCCGCGGUGUGGCCAUGGGCAUUGCGCUGCUCAACUACGGCCGCGAGGAGCGGGCCGACGUGCUCAUCGACGAGCUCAUGCGCGACAAAGACGCCCUCCUCCGCUACGGCGGCAUGUACACCAUCGCCAUGGCGUACUGCGGGACGUCAAACAACCGGGCGGUCCGCAAGCUCCUCCGCAUCGCGGUCUCGGACGUCUCGGACGACGUCCGCCGUGCCGCUGUCACCGCCCUCGGCUUUGUGCUCUUCCGCGAGCCGACCCAGAUUCCCAAGGUCGUCUCGCUCCUCUCGGCCUCGUACAACCCGCACGUCCGCCACGGCGCUGCUAUGGCGCUCGGCAUCGGCUGCGCCGGCACCGCGCUCCCGGCCGCCGUCGAGCUCCUCGAGCCGCUCCUCGACGACACCACCGACUUUGUCCGCCAGGGCGCCCUCAUUGCCCUCGCCAUGGUCCUUGUCCAGUCGAACGAGAAGGCCGUGCCCAAGGUUACCGCCAUUCGCGAGAAGUUCCUCACCAUCAUCGGUGACAAGCACGAGGACGUCAUGGCCAAGUUUGGCGCUCUCCUCGCCGCCGGCAUCAUCGACGCCGGCGGCCGCAAUGUCACCAUCUCGUGCCUCUCGCGCGACGGCCACAACUCGAUGUCGGCUAUUGUCGGCCUCGCCCUCUUUACCCAGUUCUGGUACUGGUACCCCUACAUCCACAUGAUCUCACUCGCCUUCCUCCCCACCGCUGUCAUCGGCCUCGACGCCAACCUCCAGCUCCCGGUCUUCUCCUUCAAGUCCAACGCCCCGCCCUCGGCCUUCGCCUACCCGCCGCGGACCAAGGUGCCCGAGGCCAAGGAGGCCACACGCGUCGACACCUACGUGCUCUCGGUCACUUCCAAGGCCAAGGCCCGUGGCAAGGACACUAACAACGCGCCCGAGCCUGGCGCCGACGCUGGCGCCGCCGCCGAUGCUGACGCCCCGGCGCCUAUGGAUACCACCUCGGACGACAGCGAGGCAAAGCCCGCUCCCGCCGGCGGCGACAACGACGACGCCGCCGCCACAAGCUCGGACCCGUCCACAGACCCCGCGCCCAAGCCCGAACCGGCCUUUGAGCUCCUGGAGAACCCGGCGCGCGUCACCCUCCCUCAGGCGGCCGUCAUCGACCUCUCGGCCGACGCCCGCUACACCCCGGUCAAGGCCUCGUCCGCCCACGCCGGCAUCUCCGGCAUCAUCCUUCUCGAAGACUCGACGCCCGACCUCGCUGCCGAGUACGUCCAGCCCAAGGCUGCCGACGCCGGCGAUGACGCCGACGACGGCGACGAGCCGCCUAUGCCCGAGCCGUUUGAGUGGAUUGAUGAGUGA